GGAAUGGUGGCUCUGCUCCCUCUGGAGCCACUGGGAAUGGUGGUUCUGCUUCCUCUGGAGCUCCUGGGAAUCCUGACUCUGUUCCUUCUGGAGCAGCUGGGAAUGAUGGCUCUGGAUCCACUGGGAAUGGUGGCUCUGCUCUCCCUGGAGCCACUGGGAAUGGUGGCUCUGCUCCCUCUGGAGCUCCUGGGAAUGGUGGCUCUGCUUCCUCUGGAGUUGCUGGGAAUGCUGGCUCUGGAUCCACUGGGAAUGCUGGCUCUGCUCCGUCUGGAGCCACUUGGAAUGCCAGAGUCAUUCCCUCCUCUCAGACCUGGAAAUCCCGGUGCUGAUCCACUGGGAAUACUGGCACCACUCCCAUCCUUUGGGAUCUGCCAGGAGUGGAAUUUCAGCACCGCUCCAUCUCCCUGGAUCCUCUGGAUCCCCUGGGAAUGCCGUCACCGUUCCCCUCUUCCCACCUCAUCCCGCUUUUCCCCCCCUGUAUCCAGGUGCUGCUCAUGGUGGGGCUGCCGGGCUCCGGGAAGACCCAGUGGGCUCAGAAACAUUCCCAGGAAAACCGGGAGAAGCGCUACAACAUCCUGGGAACAGAGGCCGUCCUGCACCAGCUGCGGACGAGGGGUCCGGACGUGGAAGAGCUGGAUGCCAAGAGCAGAGACCUGCUGACUCAGCAGGCAGCCCAGUGCCUUAGCAAGCUGGUCCAGAUCGCUCCCCGCUCCAAGCGGAACUUCAUCCUCGACCAGUGCAACGUGUACAACUCGGGGCAGCGCCGGAAGCUCUUGGCCUUCAAGGGCUUCUCCAGGAAAGUCGUGGUGAUCGUCCCGACGGAGGAGGACUGGAAAAAGCGGCUGGAGCUGCGGAAGGAGGCGGAAGGGGAGGACGUUCCCGAGUCGGUGAUGCUGGAUAAUGAAAGCGAAUUAUUCCCUGCCGGAAAAGAACGAUUACCUGGAUGAGGUGGUGUACGGGGAGCUGGGCAAGGAGGAGGCGCAGCCCUUGGUGUCCCGGUACAAGGAGGAGGCCCGGAAGCUGCUCCCGCCCUCCGAGAAACGGGCCAACCGGCGCAACAACCGCAACAAGCGCAACCGGCAGAACCGCAACCGCGGCCAGGGAUACGG